AUGUUUCUUCGGCCUGGUUUAAAAUCAAGCGCUCUAUUACGCUUUAAAUCUUUUUAUCCUUUACGUUCAAAACAUGUUAUUGGCAUUCGUCGUGAAGAUCAAUCUCCAUGGGAACGUCGUGCCCCUUUAGCACCUGAACAUGUUCGAACACU